ACUCUCAAAAAUCAAAAUGUUUCCUUUUCCUUUUUGGGUGUCAAAGUAAAAAACAAAAAUAAACUAUCUUUACUAGCAGCAGCAGUUUACCUUUUUCUUCCCAGGAUCUGGGUUUGUCUCUUCGGUUGCCAUCUUUCCAUCUCUUUCUUGUUUGAAGGUCAUGAUCAUGACACUGGUAACCUUGUGUUGAGAUAGUACACGAAAAUGGAGGCACAGUCACAAGUUCCCUUUGACCACGAGACUUAUACCCAACAUGACGAUGUGUUUGUUAAAGACGUAAUUACAUCUGAAACAAAUCAUGUUCCAUCUGAUCAACCAGUGAAAAAACGAUCACGACAAUGGGCAGCAUGGACACGUCAAGAGGAGGAAAGCUUCUUUACUGCACUUCGUCAAGUUGGCAAGAAUUUUGAGAAGAUCACAUCUCGUGUGCCAAGUAAAAACAAGGAUCAGGUUAGACAUUAUUACUACCGUCUUGUAAGGCGUAUGAACAAGUUGCUGGGUCCUGAACUUACUCUUGAUGCCAAAAAUUCCAAAGACACAAAUGCUGCUAUGCUUCGAUGGUGGUCAUUACUUCAAAAACAUAGCUGUAAAGCCUCAAAACUUCACUUGAAGCCUCGGAGAUUCAAGAUAUUCUUGGAGACCUUGGUGAACCAAUUAUCAAAAGACCAAAAGAAGAAUACAAGGAAACGGCCUAAACAGGGGGGAAACAGUUCUACUGCAAGACAGCGCAGAAGACCAGGUAAAACGUCGACAGAUGCCUAUAAGAAAUGGGAGAAGGCUGCAAAAGCUGGAGUUUCAUUGGUUGCUGAUGCUGCUGAGCAUUUGGAGCGGACAGCAUUGCAUAAAUUAGCAGACAGUGUACAAAAUGUACAAGGAAACAAGGGUUCAGACCUUACUGCAAAAAGUAUUCCCCGAGUGCCAGAUUUUUGUCAAAAUAUAAAACUAAAACUUCAACUCUUCCCAGUUGAUGAAAGUACACGCAGAGCCUUGGAAACGGACAAUUACAAUCCACAUCUGGAGCUAACUUUAAGUACCCGAAAGAAAAUAUCUUCAGUUUUGGAACGUAUGAACUGUAAAUGGGGUAGUUCUAGCGUAGCAUCUGGGGAAUUAACACUUGUGCCUUAUGAUGUCCAAACCUUAAAUAUCACAAACUGUCAGAAAUGGACUCAGGAUUCGGUUUUAAGUGCUGGCGACAUAUAUGCAGCAAUUGGAAGCCCUCCCAUUUUCCGCUUAAGGUAUGGUUGGUUUGGCAAGGCUGACUGUAUAUCUACACCGAUCCAAGAUCAUAAAGUGACACUGGAAUGGGCUGACAGCCAGACGAACAUAAGUGUCGGUGAUCUGCUCUCAGAAUUGUCCCAUAAUCCAGAUGCCAACUGCAUGGGCCCGCCCCUGCCACCUGGUUCUCCUUGUCAGAGUCAAGUUUCGUUUAGUUGUGAUUCAUUUGAUGCUGCUAUUGCUGCCCACAUAAAACAACAUCAUGGCAAAAAUGCCUUUCAGCCCACCGUUGCAACUUCAAUUUGGAAUGCAGAAGAAACAUGUGAUGCCUUCUCAUUCCCAAAGAACAGUGCUCCUUCAGGCUCUCUUAUUGAGAAAUCAGUUGAGCAAGAAGAGCUGAAGGAUGGUUAUCCUGAAGAAGUAAAUUCAAUGGAUGAGUGUAGGUUUGUUGGAAAUAUUGAGAAUGGUUCUGCAAAGGAUAUCAGAUCGCUUACUGAUAUAUACUGGCCUGACUCUUUAGGACCGUUAGAUUUGGAUGCAUCAUCGUGUAGAUAUACUAAUGAUGUUAUUUUUAGUGAUAGUCUUGGAGGAUUAAAUUGCCUUAUAAACAGCAGCCUUGACAGUUUUCAGAAUUGUUCAUUUUUUGGAUUGGGGAAGAAAGAGACAGCAUUAAUCGCAGGAGCUGGAGAAACUGCUUCAUCCUCGGGUUACAAAGCAGACAGCAAAGUUUGAAGUCAGUUUUGCUGAACCAUAACACUUUUCAUGAGGGCGACUGUUGUUGCUGAUAACCUUCUGUGUUGAUAUAAUAUCCCAUAUCAUGAUCUGACUUUAGCAUUGUGGAAAAAGCCAACAUGAUGUUAUAGGAGAGUUUCUUUAACAUUGUACAAAAGUAACACUCGAAUUGAUGAUUGUCAGAGUUUCACUCUUGAAAAACAUCUUUAAUACCUAAUUAUGGAGCAUCAUCCUUUUGAAACACGAUGUUUGCUCAACAUAUGCAUGAAAGAUCCAACCAUAUAUAUGUCCUCAAAUGUUAAAUGUUCCAAAAUCGUACAUCAAACUUC